GGUAGACAUAUUAUUUGAUUAGUAUUGGCAAAUGACGGACAUUUAGGAAGAAAAGACGGAAGAAAUCUUAGGAGUACUUUGUCAGUGCAGAAAGACAGGUUUUUCCACGUUAUGUACUGUGUCAAGUUUUAUCCCUCCCACUCCUGAGAGAACAAAAAUACCUUGAGGGUGAGAAAUGAUAUAGGGACCAACACUUACCGUCUAUCACAUUAGAAUGUCUCUUCAUAGAAUUAUACUGCCUCUCACAGUCAUUCUGCUGGAUAAAUGUCACUCUGUAAACAACUGCAGUUACAAUGAUUUACUACAGAUUGUGAAAAAACUCCCAAGUUCUGAUGUGCGGCCAGUGAAGAACUGGAAAACUCCUACCACUGUCUUUAUUGACCUGUCCCUGUAUACAAUCGUCAAUUUGGAUACCAGCUUGGAGACUUUGACUACAUAUAUCUGGUUUAACAUGGUAUGGAACAACGAGUUCUUACACUGGAACCCAGAUGACUUUUGUGACAUUGAGAAAAUGUUAAUUGCUAACAAAAAUUUUUGGUUGCCCGACCUCUACAUCUAUGAAACAAUAGAAUCUCACAGAAAUGGAUCAGACAUCCAAUAUUUAGAUGUUUCCAGCAAUGGCACAAUAUCACUUUCACUGCCCCUGAGAAUUGUUAGCAGUUGCAAUCUAGACCUCACAAAGUUUCCCUUUGAUGUCCAGAAGUGUACAUUGAGCUUUGGUCCUUACAUUCAUUCAGUUGAGGAUAUCAAUAUGGUGACAAAACUCAAUUCCACCCAAGUCUUUCAAAAUUCAAAGAAUAUUUUUAGCAGUAAAGGAGAUUGGUACUUGCAUGACAUCACUGUGGAAAAUUCAACCUUCCUAGUUAAUAACGUGACUUACAGUCAAGUUGUAUAUGAGAUAUCCAUUAAAAGAGCCUCUGUAAUUUUCGUCAUAAAUCUCAUCAUCCCAGUAUGUUUCCUGGUUAUAUUAGACAUUGCUAGCAUGUUUAUUCACUUUGAAACUGGAGAAAGACUUGAUUUCAAAAUAGCAGUGGUGUUGGGGUUCUCCGUACUUCUGCUGAUUCUAAACACCAUGCUCCCUGCUUCAGACACUCUUCCAGUUCUUGGUAUUUUCUGCUGCGUGUGCCUUGCUGUGAUGGUUACCAGUACAGUCGGAUGUAUUGCAACAUCCUACAUGUUCAUGUUAUCAAAAACUAAACAAAAUGUGCCCCGUUGGGUAAAAAUCUGGAUCAUGAAAUAUUUAGCACGUGUCCUGUUCUUCAAAGUACACAUGCCUCAACAAGCUGAGCUAGUUUCUGCAGAGUCUGCAGAAAAGGGAAAUAGAGUUCACAAGAAUACUGAGAUAUGUAUGACAAUUGAGGUGAGGAAAACCAAAACACAAACAGACGCAGAACUUUCUGUGGAAGUGAAGCUGUUAAAGAAAUUAUUGGUAGAAGUCCUCAACAUCCGCAAAAAAAUUACGUGUGUAAUGGAUCAGGAUGGUACCGAGUCAGAUUGGCACUUUGCUUCAAAGGUUGUGGACCGGCUGUUCCUUAUAUUUUACUUGCUCUUUGCAAUAACUAUGCUUGCAGUUGUUAUAAAAGUCUGGGUAACAUAAAGGACAUAUGGAGAGAAAGGUCAAAGCAAGAUUUAUGUUCUUGUGAAGCUAUCAUGGGACUAUGGAAUUAAGACUGUUCAGCCAUUAAUUUCUGCAUGCACAAAUCAACCUUAGUGUAACAUACUUGUCACAGAACCUGCUGCUUGAUAUUUAAUAAUAAAAAGUA